UGAAGGAGUAGAAGGAAAAGGAAAAGAACAGUUGGCUAGCUUGUCUUGUUUCCUUUGUUAGGCUCAUUCCGAAUUAGGUCAGAAGACGCUUGAAUUCGAAGAAUGGAAACGGCUCGUUUCUAUGAGUUGUUUGUUGAUUCUGUUCUUAACGUAGGCUUUCUUGGUACUUCAGGACCAUCGUCUACUAUCCUCAUGGAGUUGGUCAAAUCAGCUGCAAAGAUUGGUUCUAUGGCCCAUGAAAAAGUUGCUGUAAGAGCUGGAGGGAAGAGUCACAGCUACUUUCAACUUCUGACAUCUGCUUUGCAAAUUUCUAUGUGUUUCCAAGAAAGCCAAAACCACCACACAGACUCCGCAUUUAAUGGGACUGAAAGUGGAUGUGGUUGUCCUCCAAAACAAGUCAUACGAGGACAAGGGCAUCUUAAUGGGGCUAGGGUUGGAAUUGUGGCUAAACCUUCAGCUGAGUUUAUAUCUUCAGUUUUGGCUACAUGGCUUAGUGGAGGAGUUGCAGUUCCACUUGCUCUCAGUUAUCCAGAGGCUGAGCUUUUCCAUGUGAUGAAUGAUUCGGAAGUAUCUGUGCUUUUGAGCCCUGAAGAUCAUCAAAUAGUUAUGGAGAGUGUUGCUGCCAAAUGUUCUGCAAAAUUUAUGCUCAUUCCGCCUGUCCCAAGUAUUUCAUGUGAUAAAGUUUUGCCUACAGAAUCUACAGCUGGAAAUGUCAGCCAACUAGCUAAUCUGUGGGGGGAAAUUGAAAGCACAAAUAUGAUAGAAGGAGAAAAUCCUGCCUUGAUUGUAUACACAAGUGGUACGACAGGAAAACCUAAAGGUGUUGUCCACACUCAUAAUGGUAUCAUAUCACAGGUUCAAAUCCUGACAGAAGCAUGGGGAUAUACUUCCGCUGAUCAGUUUUUGAAUUGUCUUCCUUUGCAUCAUGUUCAUGGUCUUUUCAAUGCUUUGUUUGCCCCUCUUUAUGCGGGGUCUGUGGUUGAAUUCAUGCCAAAGUUUACUGUAAGAGGCAUUUGGCAGAGAUGGCGGGAAUCAUAUCCACAAGAUGGGAACAGAGCUAAUGAUGCUAUCACUGUUUUCACUGGAGUUCCAACCAUGUACACAAGGCUACUGCAAGGCUAUGAUGCACUGGAUUCAGAAUUGCAGCUUGCUUCUGCAUCAGCUGCACGCCAGCUGCGCCUUAUGAUGUGUGGCUCCUCUGCACUUCCUUACCCGGUCAUGCAACAAUGGGAAAACAUAACAGGACAUCGUCUUUUGGAGCGUUAUGGCAUGACUGAGUUUGUGAUGGCACUUUCAAAUCCCUUGAGAGGUGUCCGCAAAGGAGGUACUGUUGGUAAACCUCUUCCGCAUGUUCAGGUCAAAAUCCUUGCAGAAGCUGGAAGUGGUACAGCAGAUGUAGGAGAGCUGUGUGUUAAAAGUCCUUCACUUUUCAAGGAAUACUGGAAACAACCUGAGGUAACAAAGGAGUCAUUUGUGGAUGGAGGAUACUUUAAAACUGGAGACACUGUAAAGGUGGAUGAGGAUGGCUACUACAUAAUCUUGGGACGCACAAGUGCUGAUAUCAUGAAAGUUGGUGGAUAUAAGUUAUCCGCUUUGGAAAUUGAAGCCGUUCUUUUGGAGCAUCCAGCAGUGUCAGAGUGUUGUGUACUAGGCUUGCCUGACUUAGACUAUGGGGAAGCUGUUUGUGCAAUCAUAGUGCCUGCAGCAGAUGCAAAGACAAAGGAAAACGGAGAAUUCAUGCCAGCCAUUACCCUCAAAGAGCUUCAGUCCUGGGCGAAGGAUAAGCUUGCACCCUACAAACUGCCAACAAGGUUAUUUCUCUGGAGUUCCCUUCCUCGCAAUGCCAUGGGAAAGGUGAACAAGAAAGAACUGAAAAAGAGAUUAAGCGACGAAUGUUGAUUAGAAGAUUGACCGACCCAUUGAAGUUGUGGUUGAGUUUUUUGUUUCAUGGUAUCGGAGCGAGCUUCCAUUGGCUUAUUGCUGAUAACUAUGUGAUCGUUUCUCUUAUUAAUGGCAAGCGACCAACUUCGCUUGCAACUCUUAUAUUAUUGUUUAAACUGAAUUUAAAUGUUGGCGCAAAAAAUCUGUUCUUACAGUGAUAAAUGCCCCUGAGUCGAAAGUUUUCUCAAGAAAAACAGGAAAAUUUAUUUAAAGGUAA